CGUCGAAAACGGUUUUUUAUGUUAAGAUCGCAAGAACAUUGCUGGUAUGCAUUUUCACCCGGCACCAGUGAAACAACGACUCGCACUACCUGCAUUUGUAUCUAUAAUUGUCCUCUUUAAAAGUGCGACCCAGGUUUAUUCUCAACAAGAAGAUGAAUCUUUAUGCUGUCUGAAACAAAGGGACCUUUUCAUCUCCGGCAUUCUAGAUUAGAAACCAUUCCAGAUUAGAAGCAAAUCCCUUUAUUUAGUGUAGUAGUCGUGUACGUGUUCAUUAUCAUUUGUUUGCAACCUCUCAACUCUUUUCUACAAGCAAGGCUUCUACUCCACAAUAAAUUGAUCGCAAAAGUCUAGUCCUUUCUUCA